AUGAAUCUCUCACCAUUACAAUUAGACACCAAUUGUUUCAACGCCGCCUCGCAUUAUCAUUCUUCUUAUUAUACUGAGAAUCCAUCAGUGUGGUCAGCAUCGUCUUCUUUAUUAUGUCCAUCAGUCAUAACACCAAUGACUUAUCCAGCAGCAUUUGCACCAACUACUCUUCAACCGAUUGAAAACUAUUGUACAAUUGAACCAUUUUAUUCAUCAGGCUCAGAGCCAAUCGCUUCUUCAUCCGACAUGCCCUUUUAUUCUUCAUCAGUUCCGCUUCCUCCUGCUCCUUCAUCUGCUUUUCAACCGUCGGAUAAUUUUAUCGUUUCAUCAUCAUCAUCCUCAACACCAUCGUCCAUGAUGUUACCACAAAAUCGCGCUAAUUACACGCGUCAUCAACUAGUUAUGCUCAAUGAAAUUUUCAAGAAACACAAAUAUCCGAAUAGUUUGCAGAAAACAUUGAUUGCCCAAUACAUUGGCGUUUCGCGUGAUCAAAUUCGUAUUUGGUUUCAAAAUAAACGACGAAAAGUACAAUUAAUCACUAAAGGUCAAGCUAAACAAACGAAAACCGAUAUAGAAUGUGAAUAUGGCGAAUAUCGACGACAUUUACCAAACAAUUUUCUCGAUGAUCUCUAUCAAGAACUAUACAAAGCACGUGCUGCACCAGCACGAUUGCCAGUUAAACGUGAUACCAAUGCAAAGAUUAGUAAUAUCGACCAAGAACAACAAUUCCUAUAUCAUCCAGCAAUGAAUUCUAAUUAUUAUUAUCAUCCAAAUCAAAUCAUUGAACAUGACAGUUCAUCAUCGGAGAAAAAUGAACAACAAUAUUUAAAUAAUUAUAAUCAUCCUGUCUACUCAGAUCAUUUGUAA